CUGGAUGUUUGCCUUAAGUUCGAAUCCUAGACAUCGCCAUCGGGCCGCUUCUCAUCUGCGGGCUUGGGGCCUACCUCCAUUGUGUGGAUCCGAUCUUUUUUUUUCUUGCCAGAUUGCACACAUCUACCUUGUAUACCGAGACCGCGGCACACGCUAGGAUGACAAACGCGGUGGCGGAGGAGGAGGAACAAGGCAAGUUCUCGCGCGGUUAUGAGAUGCGGCAGCUCUGACGUCACCCGUUGCCAUGGAAGCAUCAGCCAAAGAAGAAAAGACCGGUGGUGUGAGGGGCUCAUUGGUGACUAGCGCAGCUUCCAAGAGGACAAGGACACAGGACGCUCCGCUGUCGCUGACCUGACCGCUACCAAGAUGAGUGGCCUGGAUGGGGGCAAUAAGCACCCGUGCGAUCUCGCUGCUACCCCUGACGAUGCCGCGGGCAACCCCGACCCGCAACACCGCCAGACGGUCCAAAGUGAUGCCGAUGUGACACAGGUGACGGCAGACAUGGCUGGAGUCACCUUGGGGAUGAUUGCAGAUUCGAUCGACUGUGGCUUCGCGCUCCGCUUUCGCCUUCCUCUUACCUGCAGCCAGGGUGCGACCAAAGGUGUGCAAGAUAAAGCACCAUCUCCCUCGGGAUGCCCGAAAACGGCUUCUGCCCCCGCUGCGUCCGACCGCAGUCCUAAAAGGGGUUCUCUUGGUGGCGGUCUGCGCAGCCCGGCAGGGGAGAAGGCCCCCGCAGCCUGUGGCGCAGUGGGGUUGGGGUCUCCGAUGAUGGCUGGAGCCAAGGCUAAGGAAAUGACGAAUAAAAAGGGCGCCACCUCCGAGGCCACGGAGAAGAAAGAGGUAGAUGGGGUGGUGGAGGGAAAGAAGGUGACCCCGAAGGCAAGAAAGGCAGGAGGGGAGAUGAAGGAGGAGAAAGGGGCCAGCGCCCUGAACGCCAAUAACGGCGUGGAGUGCCUGGAGGCCAUUGAUCAGGAGCUGUCCAACGUGAACGCUCAGGCUGACCGAGCCUUCCAUCAGCUGGAGCGUAAGUUUGGCAGGAUGCGAAGGCUCCACAUGCAGCGCCGGAGCUUCAUCAUCCAGAACAUCCCAUCCUUCUGGGUUACUGCCUUUCGGAACCACCCCCAGCUAACUAUGAUGAUCAGCGGCCAAGACGAAGACAUGAUGAAGUUCCUGAUCAAUUUGGAGGUGGAAGAGCUUAAACAGCCCAGAACCGGCUGCAAAUUCAAGUUCAUCUUUCAGGGCAACCCCUACUUCCGAAAUGAGGCCCUUGUCAAGGAGUAUGAGCGCAGAUCCUCGGGCCGGGUCGUGUGUCUUGCCACUCCUGUCAGAUGGCACCGAAUGGAUGAGCCCCAAUCCCACAUCCACAGGAACCGGGAAGGAAACACCAUCCACAGCUUCUUCACCUGGUUCUCCGACAACAGCCUCCAAGAGUUAGACAAGAUUGCUGAAAUUAUCAAAGAGGACCUGUGGCCCAAUCCCCUGCAAUACUACCUGAUGGGGGAAGCGGCCCGCCGAGGAAUGCAGGGCCCAGAGAGGCAGCCACCUGAGAAUCCCCAGUCCUUCAGAUUCCAGUCCGGCUAAAUCCUGUCCUUGUGAGAAGCUCUUUGACAAGUCUCCUUACCUUUGCCUAGCCAACCGCAUGCCAUCUUGUCAGCUUUCUCUUCCUUGUGCGCUGUCCGAUGGUUCUUCAGAACCUUCAAGAGUCGACUGCAGGACUGUCACCACUGUGUCUAGACUCUUUCACUGCUCUCAGCCUUCCCUGCUUUUCUGCAUCGUGCUAUGUGGUCUCCACCACUCAGUGCCAAGUCCAUGAUGCUGUAGAUAUACACUGCCGCCCUCUGCCUGGCUUGAACCCUGUGACUGACUGCCGUUUUCUCCUAGUUGGUGAGUGUGGUUAUCAAGCAGAAAGUGUGAUAGGUUUUUGCCAGCAUCUCAUCGGACUUCAUGCCUUAUGCUAACUGUGCACCUGCCACUCAUACUCUUCAAGAAGCUCUUGCAGGUCACGACUGCAAGAAGCUAGUAGAAAUGAUGCCAGCCAUCGACUGGACUGAAAUGGGACAUUCCAUGCCUCCAUCAUCUGUUGCCUCCCUUGGCUCAUGCCAUCUACUCUGCUGCUUAACUGGCGGCGGCCAGGCAUGAAUGAGGUAAAAGACAAGAAGUGUUCUGUGAUAUCAUAUUGGUUAUCCUGUGCCUCAUGAGGUCACUGCAUCGUGACCAGUUACUGGUGAGUCUAUGAGGGCCUGUGCUAUGGCCUCCCCUGACCUGCUCUUACCCUCUGGGUAAGCUUUGGCCAGGCCACCACGUUCUGCCUCCUCAGUACAGUCUGUAGUCUCAGACUCCCAGGCAGUACACAGGAGCCCCUCCUCCCCAAUCCCCCUCUUUCUCUUUAAUCUUAAUUAAUGCGUCAUAUACCUACUCUGCCAUUAGGGCAAGCCAGGUAGUCGUAUGUGACAAGGUGAAGCAAGGAGGGGGUGGGGUCCCUUCCAGCAGCCUGGCUUUCUGAGCCCCUGGUAAAGAACCACCCCUUCUCCCCUCCUGAACUUAUUCUGAACACGACACAGGGUACCAGGAUGGGUAGGAUACCACUAAGAGAGGGAUUUCCGGCCUGUGGGGCCUGUUAGGCUACUCCUUUUCUCUAUCUAAAGCAGCUACAGCUCAGAAACAGAAAACAAAACUGAUUUGUUCUCCCUUGAUUGUGUCCAGAGGGAGAAAGGUACUAUAAAAAUAGGCUUUAGCUCUUACUACCCUCAUCCCUCAACCCCCCUCACCCCCAUCCCCAACCCUUGUACCCCUUUCCUUUAGCCAAGGCCUGAGAGUUCCAAAGGGAGACCUAGAGGUUAAUUGCUGUUAUGCGCAGUGUUCUUUUAGGCUACCUUUGACAACCCCACCCCUUUCCUUUAUCCAUGAUGCCAAAAUCUUCUGUGUGUUUCUUGAGCUUUCGUUUAAGAAACCUGGAAAGAAAGAACAGAUUCAGAGCAAGGUGUGAUUUAAGGCAAACAAAGCUAGCUUCACUCCAUUUUCCUAAAGAAGAGGGACAUUUUUCCUGGGCCUUGGGCUACUUAAAGGUAUAAACCUCCACUCCAGGGCAAUGUUGUGUUCUCUAAGCUCUGAAACAAUACGAGCCCAGAAGCAGAAUGCUGCCUGCAGGGGCGAAGGCUUAGAAAGCCUGCAGGGCCAGUGGGGGAGGGAAGGCCCCUGGGGCUGUUGCCCUAAUGGGAUGGGUGGGAGAAUCUAAGGAGUUAGGGUGGAAUAGGGUGCUUGGAAAAGGGUUUAUUCCAAUGUACCCUAACUUCUUGGACCCACUAGUCGGUUUUUGUAAAUAAAAAUGCAAGUCUUGAUGUUUUCUUUAUUCUAGGAAUUCGUUUUUAUAUGUGGUAGAUUAGUAAUAAACACUCUUUAUGUCACUGUUUUUGAGUAAAGUCCUAUUCAUUCUUUACUCCAUUUCUGUGCCGUGGGAAAAUUGAAGUUUACAGACCUGCUUUUUGCUUGAAGUUGAGAAUGUUUGCAAAAAUACCAGUUUUGUUUUCCCUUGCAGUACGAAGACUUGUGUGACUCUUCACUUACUUAUCUGCUUCUUUUGGUCUCUGUUUAACUAUAGCUCUAAUCUUAGAAAUGUAACUCAGAUAAUGUGAUCCUUGUAGACCCUGAAGAGUUUGGAAAUUGUUGCUCUGUCUCGUAAUUGUAAUCUCAAGAAGAAAUCAUUGUUGUCUUACUUGAUAAUUUUUUGCCCAAGUAAUAAUAUUGUACUCAAUAUGUUCCUAACCAGUAUAAGUACUUGUGAAAUUACUGUCACAUUAUGAAAUUUGUUAGUAUUUUUGUCUUCUCCCAUGUACUUGAAGGAAAAUAAAGUUUGUCACUCUGUUACAUUUAUUUUCAUCAAAAAUAAAAGUGAAAAUUAAAAUUG